AUCUUCGGAUACUUCACCUAAUCGAGCUUGUAUUGUAUGAUUGUGUUGAAUCAAUAUCGUAUCGUAUGUGUUGGAAUUGCGCCCUGGAUAACGUGGCACAGCAUCACCAUCAACGAACAUGAAGAAACUCGUUUGUGUCGGAGCUUGCUAUCUUGAUACCAUCCUCGAUAUACCUCACUACCCGGGCGAGGAUUCGAAAUUACGUGCAACCAAUCUACAAGUUCGUCGUGGUGGCAAUUGUCCUAACACACUCGAGGUGCUCCAGCAGCUCCUGAGGGAGCAGGACGGUCAUGAUGUCAAACCCUACUUGAUAUCUUGUUUACCUAGUGCCGACGCACCCGCGACGAGAACCAUAAUAGAUUCGUUUGGGUCGGGUAGCCUCGUCGACUUCGCAAGAUGCAUCUUCCGCGCGGAUCACAGGGAUCCCGCGAGUAGCUAUAUCCUACGCAGCGAAGCCACCGGGAGUCGCACCCUCGUCAACUACAACGCCCUACCUGAGAUGACGAUCGACGAAUUCAUCGCCGCUGCCAACGAGGUCGGCGACGAAGCGUGGUUCCACUUUGAGGGACGGAUUCCUGAGACGACGUUGCAGUGCAUUCGGUAUCUGAGGCAAACUUUCCCCAGCACCAAAGUCAGCGUCGAGGUCGAAAAACCGGGCCGAGAGGGAUUAGAAGAUCUGGCGGCUGAAGCGGACGUUGUUUUCUAUUCGCGGAGCUGGGCUGAAAGUAAGCGGUACGAGGACGCUCGAAAAUGCUUGAGUGCCCAAUCGGGCGUGGCCCGGCAAGCGUCUCUCCUCUUGUGUACGUGGGGUGCGGACGGUGCAUCGUGUCUAUCACUUCCCAGCCAGAAGGCCGUGUCUUGCCCGGCUACCUUGCCUGGACAAACCAUUUCCGUAGUGGAGUAUGUUAGACCGCUGGCCGAGCCGUUGUUACUAUACUACUUUGCUGUCGUCUCCUGCAGUAGUACCAGCAGCUCUGAACCGGGUUUCUUUUGUCUAAGUAUCAUCAUCGCUAGUUUCGAUUGAUUUCCUCCUUGAUGUUAUUGGAACGUAAGUAAUCAAGGAACUCGUUAGGCUAACGAAAAUAUAUCCCUGUGGUUAGCACCGUGGGAGCAGGUGGUACGUGUCAUAUUUUCAU